AUGCCAUCCACAAAGUUCCCGUCGGAGACAGUCCUUACGUCAGAGCCAAAAACGUUCAGCAUCCCGAGAGAGCAAUUCCUCUGGUCCGCCAUUAACGCUGGAGACAGAGUUGACAGUGCUCUGAAAGAUAUGGCUAUUGUUAUGAAACAACAAGAUCGUGCAAAAGAAGCUAUUAAAGCCAUUAAAUCUCUUAGAGUCAGGUGUUCAGAUCAAGCUCAAGAGUCGCUUGACAAUAUCCUUUUAGAUCUCUACAAGAGAUGUGGGAGAUUAGAUGACCAGAUUGCACUAUUGAAACACAAACUCUUCUUGAUCCAAAAAGGACUCGCCUUUAACGGUAAACGAACCAAAACGGCUCGAUCUCAGGGGGAGAAGUUCCAAGUCUCUGUGGAGCAAGAAGCCACACGGCUACUAGGGAACUUAGGAUAG